GAAAUAAAGCCUCAAAGCCAUUACAACCAUGGAUAUAGUGAAUCUCUUGGACGGAAAAGCCACAUUGAUGAUUACAGCACUUGGGACAUUGUCAAAGCCACACAGUAUGGAAUAUACGAACGAUGUAGAGAGUUGGUGGAAGCGGGUUAUGAUGUACGACAACCAGACAAAGAAAAUGUAACGCUUCUCCACUGGGCCGCAAUCAACAACAGGAUAGAUCUGGUGAAAUACUACAUAUCAAAAGGUGCUAUCGUUGAUCAGCUUGGAGGAGAUUUAAAUUCUACCCCACUUCACUGGGCAACAAGACAGGGUCACUUAUCCAUGGUUGUACAGCUGAUGAAAUACGGGGCAGAUCCGUCGCUAAUUGAUGGAGAAGGGUGUAGCUGUAUUCAUCUGGCUGCCCAGUUUGGACAUACUUCGAUUGUUGCUUACCUGAUAGCAAAGGGACAG